AUGUUCCGCGCUCGCAAAGCCUCGUCCAAGAAGCCGGCGGCGGCGACAUCCAAGACCCGACAGGCCACCGACGACGGCGAUGCUGCAAGGGACGACGUAGAUCAUGCGAUUCCAUCGAUCCCGAGCGCUUCCCCGAGUGGCGGCGAGGAUGAUAAUGGGGAUGUCGACGCCAUCGAUGCAAUUCGGGCUCGCCUCCAGCAGAAACAGCGGAAGCCUCCCGACUUCACGUCCAAAAAGGCAAACAAGCGACCGUCCGUCGUCGCGUCCUUUGACGACGACGACGACGAUGGUCCAUCGUUUCGGCUCAAGAAGGGCAAGAUUGCCCGCGUCCCUGUUGCGUCCGCGACGAGCGCCGCCGAUCAGUCCCCCUCCGACAGCGCAUCCCACAGCUUGUACUCGACCGAGAAUCUGAACGCGUUGAAAGCCGCGCAGAAACACUUCGUCAAGGCCGUCGAUGACGAUACACUCGUGCCGUCUCCGUCCCCGUCUCCGCAUCCUGAUUCUACCAAAGUCAACAACCACCACCUCGACGUGCCUAUCGAAGAAGAAGAAACGUUCAUUCCCCUCAACCCUUCCUCGCUCCCUCCCGACCACUCUGAUACGUUCCAUGGAUCUGAUCGUCGUCAUCUCGAAGAAGCAUCGUUGGACACUGACGACUUGCCUCACGAAGGCGAAGACGACGACCCGGGCGACAUGCAGUGGGAAGCCGACCAGCUCCGUCGCGCCGGCCUCGUCCCCCCAUCUCGUCCCGCGCCAUUGUACUCCAAGACCUCGUCCUCCCACCUGUCGUUUCAUUCCCUUGGCCACGUCAUCACCAAGUUGCAAUCGACGCAUGCGACGAUGGUGGACCAGAUGGACGCGCGCGCUCGUGACGUGCACCGCGUCGACGUGGAAUUGACCCAAUUGGCGUCGUCCAUUGCCGCCCUCGACGACGAGCUGGCCGCGUGCGGCACCACGUUUGACGCCAUGCAAACAUUGUGGGCGUAUCUGACCACAUUAUGUCACUGUUUGCGAGCAAAAGACCGAGCGUUGGAUCGCAUGUCUGAUUCCACUCGAUCUGAGUCUGAUUCUGCUCGAUCUGAGUCGACGCAUCAGGUGUGGGCAGACGUAGACGACGAGUUUGCCAGUUUAAUGGCCGUGUUGGCUCGGUUUUCGCAGUGGAAAGCCGACCCGACCACGGCCGCCUCGUACGAGUCCACGUACGCCGCCUUGGCAUUGGCGCAGCUCAUCGUGCCAUAUGUCCGCGCGGACUUGUUGUCGUUUAAUCCAUGGCGGCAUCGAUGGGAAGACCUGGCGUGGGUAGCCGUAGUCCGCGCAUUUGACUCUCAAAGCCACUCUCAAAACCACUCUCAAGGCCACUCUCUUGCCCCGUCGUUGGAGAGUGUGGGGGUCGACUUGGUGGUGCAGAAAGCGAUGGAAAUGAUGCAGCACUUUGACUGGCACUGUCAAAUACAUGUCGAACACGCCUUGUAUUUGCUACAAAGCGUGGGCGGCGGGUUGCAAGACAUGAUGGCCGACGCGUUGGCGGCGCGGGCACUCCACACCAUGCGAAGCGGCGCGGUGGUUGCGACUAAUCCAGUGUUUCAGAAGCACUUGAGGAUGCUACGAUUACCCCAAACAAACGCACUUGUGGCCACGCUGUGCCAGGAAGAAUUCCAUCGAUCGACCAAGUGCUGGGAAUUGUAA